AUGUCGAGAUUACCAAAACAACCCAGUGGUCUACCAACUUCUAGCCUUCCUGGACCAGGAGGCAGACGUCGUUCAUCUGCUGGGGCCGCUCAAAAGUCUACUUCUAUCCUAAAAGGACUAACUCCUGAACAGGAAGCUCUUUUACAGGAGGCUAUGGAGAAAUAUAGUCCGGCUGCCUUAGCCAAGUCAAAUGAAACGACUUCUAUUAGUCAAAGUGUUUCGUCACUCCCUAUAACGCCAAGCAGUCAUUCUAAUAACCCACCAAAGAAACCUGGUUUAAGAAAACAAAGCUUUUCCAGGAUGACCCGUCCAUCCCUUCCAUCUAUAACAGAUACGCCUGAUACAUCUGACAAUUUUAUGAAGAAAUCUCACACAGAAACCGCACCAUCCUUACUCGCAACAAAAUUAUACCAAGCUAAUUCUGGAACACAAUCACAAAAUAUUCCAUCGCAGCUCCAACGCUCGCAAAACAUAACGCAUAACACACCAGGAUCAAAUUUAUCUUCAUCAAUCACGCCUAUUAAUCCGAGGUUACAAUCAAUUGCUACCCCACAGCGCCCAGUUUCUCCUUCACUUCAAUUGUAUUCAGUGGGAGAACGCGUCUCUGUGGAGUCAAUGAAUAUUAUUGGAACCUUGCAGUUUUUAGGUCCUAUUGAUAUUAAGCCGGGGACUUGGGCUGGAAUUGAGUUAGAUGUUCCUGGUACGGGUAAAAAUGAUGGGAGCAUUAAUGGUAAACAAUAUUUUUCAUGCCCGCCAAAAUCUGGUAUUUUCGUCCUUGCCAGCAAACUCUCCAAGUCCGUAGAUACAAUAGAUUCCAAUUCUAGUAAAAUUGGAGUGGCGACAAGUUUGCCUCAAAUCCCAUCCACAGCGAAAACCAAUCAUUCAAUACCGCGGCCUCCAUCUGCGUCAAGUAAUUCAAGUGAUAAAAUGUCCUCUGGGGCACAUGCCACGACUUUAAUGAAAAACACGAUCAUGACAAAAAAUGCUCAGAAUGCAGCAGCUGCAGCGUCUCGUAUAACAGCUGGAUCACGUGCCUCAAAAUAUAUUGGUGUUACCGCUUCUCAGCUCAAACAAAGGGCUUUAGUAAAGCCUUCAAACAUUAUUACUACUCCAGCUGUUAUAGAUUCUGCCAAUUCUCAUGAGAUAUCUCAGCAGCAAAAAACAAAACAAAAUCUUGGACUGAAACGUCCGGGUUCUUAUGGAAAUUCGAAAUCACCAACUCCAUCUUUUAAUUCGAAUAAUAAUCGCUCCCGCCGAGGGAGUGAUGCCUCCAAUGAAUCUGCCAUAUCAAACAUCUCUCAAUCAGGAAAUUAUCACAAGUCGGGUUUACCACGUUCUAGGGCGACGACACCCAACCAGACUCUUGAUUCGCAGUCACCAUCUGACACCGAGACUACAGUUUCCACGCCACUUGCUCACGAAGAAAUGAGUAAUAAAUCGUUGCAGGAAAAGAUACAAAAAUUAUUAAGUGAUCCAGAACCCAUCAAGGGUCAUCCUAUCGGUCUCUUCGAUGAGCAAGAUCUUCAAAUAAAAAAAUUACAAAUGAAAAUUGAAGUUUUAGAGACCGAAAAUACUAAUUUAAGACUUGAAAAAGAGAAAAUUCAAGCUAAGUCUGGUAAACUGGAUGUUUCCAAUGGUCGUGUGUUAAAUGGAAAUAUUGAAAUCAAUAGCAAUUGGGAGAUUGAGAAGAAGAAUCUUUUAGAAGCUAAAGAAUUAACUGAGAAAACUUUAAAUGAAAAGAUUGAACAGUUGACUAAACAACUUGAAGACGCCUCGAAAGGGCACCACCCUAGGCCAAGUACAUCGUUAUCAAUGAUCGCCGAUAAUGACUUGAUGAAUGACAAGAUUUUGUCUUUGACUGAACUAGUGGAGCAAAAAGAUGAACAGAUGAAAGUUCUUGAAGAGUCACUUAGAAAGGCAAACGCAGAUUCGGCAGAAUAUAAGUCAAAGGUUUCAGAAUUAGAGAAGCUUAAUGAUAAACGAACCGAAGAGAUCGAACAGUUGAUCGCCAAGUCGAAAACAUCCGAGAUAACUAUUCAAGAACAAUUGAACGAAAUCGGUCAGCUAAAUGAAAAAUUGAAUCGAAUUCAGUCUGACUCUGAGAAUAAAGUUCGCUCUUUGCAGGAAACAGCAACCCAGGUUCAAGUUGAUUCCGAAAGCAAAGUUUCCUCUUUGCAAGAGUCUGUUGUUGAACUAAAGAAUGCCGGUAAGGAAGCAAUAAAAAUUUAUGAGAUAAGAGUGACCGCUCUCGAAAAACAGAUUGAGGAUUUAAAAAAGGCCGGUAUAGAAACAUUAACCUGUUUAGAAGAAUCGAACGCUAAAAUUACGCAACGUGAUUCGAGAAUUAAAUUCUUGGAAAAAGAAUGUGAGGAAUUACGUUUAGCCGGGGUUGAGGCUAUUCACGUAUACGAGAAAAUGCUUGAAAUCAAAGACAAAGAGAUCAAAGACGCGGAGGCAACAUUGAGCAAAAAAGAGGCAGCCCUUGAAGCCGCUAAGAAAGUGAAACAAGAACUCUCCUCGAUGCAAGUGGAAUUAAACGAAACAAGAUCGAGGCUGAAUGAUGCCAACGAUAAAUUGGAUUUAAAGGAAAAAUCAAUGGAAGGUCUUCGUAAAGAGUUGGCGGAUUUGCAAUCCUGUUUGGAACAGUUGAUGCGAGCUGAUGCAAAAUCUCGCGAGAAUAUUUAUCAAUUGGAAGAUGAAGUCAGAGAAUCAAAGAGUUUCAUUGCUAGACAACAAGAAGAAAUUGCUGCUCUCAAAAAUAAUGUUCAGCAACUCAUGGAUUCCAAGGAUAAUCAGGAAGUUGAAAAUGUAAAAGCAGUUUAUGAGAGCGACAUCAAUCGAUUGCAGGAUGAAUUGGAAGAAGUACGAAAGACGUUAUCUGAAGUACAGUCGGAAAAACGAUCUAUUGUUGGAGAUCUAGAUGUCUUGUUGAAUGAUAAGAAAUUAUUGGAACAAAAAAUUAAAGAACAUGAAAGAGAAAAAAAGGAGGCAGACGAUGAAUUGGACUUGACAAGAGUUCAAUUAAAAUCAAAAAUUGAGGAAUUAAAGGAGACCGUUAACAAAAAUGGUGAUAUUAUAAAGGAGUCUGAAAAGGAGAAGGCAGAAUUGAUAGAAGCACGUGAACUCGCAGAAAAGACAUUAGCCGAGACUCAAGCAAAUACAGGAAAGGAGCUGUCGGAAUUGCGCGAGCAACUUGAAAAGUUACAAACUCAGGCAAACCUUGCCAAUCAAUUAAAAUCCGAACUAGAAGAGAAGAUGGAAGAACUGAAAAAGUUAAAUGAGAAAUUUGAAGAACACAAACAAAACGCGGAGAACACAAAACCCGUCGAAGCACCAAUGACAGAUUCCCAAGAAUUCGAUGAAUUGAAGACGAAUUACGAAAAUCGAAUCGAAGAAUAUCAGUCUGAAAUUGUUAAGUUGAAGCAAAAGAUCAAGGAUUUAGUCGUGAUCACUAAAGCGGCAGAGGCAUUAAAACAAUGUAACCAAGAGUAUGAACAAAAAUUUGCGAAAUAUGAAGAACAAUUCAAUGGUCUAACAGUUAUUGUUAAGGAAUUGACUGAGGAAAAUGUUAAGCUCUCAUCGGCAAACAAAAAGAUUUUGAUUGAGCAAGAACACUUUAUGGAGGCUCAUAGGCAAGCGGAGAACGAGUGUAUGAAAUUGAUGGAUGAAUUAGAGAGAUUACACAGUGAAUCUCUUGGAACCCAAGGCAUCUUAUCUUUGUCUCCUCCCGCCGAAGAUACAUAUGAUAAUAAUGGUGCGAUUAACCAGGAAACGACUGAAGAUAACGAUAAUACAACAAAUUCUACUGUUGACGGUCAGCCGGCUACCGAAGUAAAGCGUCUUCAAUCGCUCUUGGUAGAAAAACAAACCCAGAUUGAUCAUUUGACGACAUUGCGUAAUGUUGAAAUUCGGGAACUGCACCAGAAAAUUUCUGAAUUGGAAAAGGUUAGGCAGCGAGAGGUUAGCACAUUAAAUAAAGAGGUUGCUGAGUUGGAAUCAUUGAUUGAAAGCAAGAUUUUCCGUGAAGCGGAUUUAGAAGAACAAAUCGAACGGGAACGUUCAGUCUCCAAGAAACUGCGAUCUGAAUUGGAAGACAUGAAGGAGCAGCUAAGGGAUUUGACCAAUUUGGAAAAAUCAUUUGGUCUAGACUUUGAAUACGAAGGUGUGGUGAAAGGUGGAACUGGAAAAGAAGAAAAAGAGGAAAAGGGAACGCCAAAAUUAUAUUGCGAAAUUUGUGAGAAAGAAGGACAUGACGUUUUGAGUUGCAAAGCCGUUGUUCAAUCUUCAGGAGAAAACGAGGAUAUGUUAAACAUUAAGGAUGCUGCAUUUAAUAGUGAUACCAAGGAUGGUGGUAAACCAUAUUGUGAUAACUGUGAGGAAUACGGUUUACAUUGGACGGACGAUUGUCCUAAUCAGGACGAAACUUUUUAA